AGAGAAAUUGCAAUUAUGAAGCUGAUUGAACAUCCUCAUGUUUUAGCACUGUACGAUGUAUAUGAAAAUAAGAAAUAUUUGUACCUCAUCCUGGAGCACGUGUCUGGUGGCGAGUUGUUCGACUAUCUGGUGAAGAAAGGUCGCCUCACGCCGAAAGAAGCUAGAAAAUUUUUUAGACAAAUCAUUUCCGCCCUAGACUUUUGCCAUAGUCACUGCAUAUGCCAUCGGGACUUAAAGCCAGAAAAUUUGCUCCUGGACGACAAGAACAAUAUUAGAAUUGCUGACUUUGGCAUGGCUUCUUUACAAAUGGAAGGAGCCAUGCUAGAGACCUCGUGUGGUUCCCCUCACUACGCAUGCCCAGAAGUAAUUCGGGGAGAAAAGUAUGAUGGCCGGAGAGCUGACGUGUGGAGUUGCGGUGUUAUUUUGUAUGCUUUACUUGUGGGUGCCUUACCUUUUGAUGACGACAACCUGCGCCAGCUACUAGAGAAGGUGAAGCGUGGCGUCUUCCACAUUCCUCAUUUCGUCCCCCCUGAGUGCCAGGAACUCCUCCGCGCCAUGAUCCAAGUGUGCCCAAACAAGCGCAUGGCCUUAGUUGAUGUUACUAAGCAUUCUUGGGUAACUGCGGGGAGUAAAACUGAAUUAGAAUUAGAGCUGCCUAUGAAAGAAGUCGUUCAAACGCACGUGAUUCCUUCUUCAGACGCUAUCGAUCCCGACGUGCUCUCGAGUAUGACGUCACUGGGAUGCUUCAAAGACAAGGAGAAGUUGGUGGAGGAACUGCUUAAAUCCGAUCACAAUACGGAAAAAGUGAUUUAUUUUCUAUUGUUGGACCGGAAAAGGCGGAAACCUUGUUACGAGGACGAAACAGAAGUCAUUCUUAGAAGUAGAUCUGAAUCCGGGAAAGGAAAAUACACAGUUGAUCCCCCACGCAAGCGAGUGGAUACCUGCAACAUUAAUGGAAAUUCCCCAGCCAGGUAUCAAUUCGAAUUGCUGAGUGAUGGAUCUCCACUACAGCCAAGAAGAUAUCCGUACGGAAGAAGCAGGCGGAGUACUGGACACCUGCAUUCCGGGAGUCCAUCGAUUUCGCCAAUGAACUCCCCGAAACCCACCCCACGCACCACCCCAGACGAAAGUCCCUUGAACACGCCGCCGGGUUCACCUUGCAUCAACCAACCCUACUGGAAAUCAAGGCUCUCCACCAUCAAAAACAGCUUUCUCGGUAGUCCUAGGUUCCACAGGCGGAAACUGCAAGCUGAUGAAGUUGGACUGACGCCAGAAUCUUCUCCAGAACUCACAAAAAAAUCCUGGUUUGGAAGUCUUAUGACGUCAGAAAGGGAUGAAAGUCAUGUGAUACUAGUGAAAGAUCGUCCGCUUAGUUCUGUCAAGGGGGAUCUAAUCCAUGCCUUUCUCUCGAUUGCAGACCUGAGCCACAGCGUGUUAACGCCCAUGUCUUUCCGAGUCGAGUACAGGAGGCCAGGGGGCACGAGUGUGUUCCAGCGGAACGUCCGGUUCCACGUGGACAUUACUUCUGCUGCCGGACCUCAAGACAUACACUCUGUCGGAAGUCCGGGAGUCUAUUGCAUCAGUUUCACGCUUAUCUCAGGUCCCAUAAGAAGGUUUAAGCGAAUCUGUGAACAUAUUCAGGCUCAGAUCCUGGGGCGGCGCCCCAACGCCUCCCCAAGAAUCAGUCGCCGCCCUACGAACGAGCUCAGUGACAGUUCAUCCUGUGGAUCCGAGUCUCUUUCACCAACCCCACCAACCCUGAGGGUGUCGGACGACAUGUCAGUGGGCACACGCCCCGCCCAAGGGGGCGUGGCCAGCUCUACCGUCCUCGCCCGAUGCAAGUCGGACCAGGACCACGCGUCGGAUCUGUUCGACUGCCCGACCACGCCCAAAACUGUUUCAGCGAAUCAAAGGCGGGACGAUAAAGUGGUGAGCAACGGCAAUAGCAGGCGUGCGAACUAUGACACACUGACCAAGUCGAAAGUGUGA